UCGUUAACAGCACUGCGACGCGACGCAACGCAAGGCAACGGUACACGACGCUGCUGACCAAAUCCAGAUUUCUUCCAAUCUUGGCGAAAUCGCAAUCGAGAAUUCAGCGAGCGAGCGUCGGUCGUGUGGUGUUCCGAUAAACGUUCCGGACAGAAAGUCAAGUGCACAAAUCCGACGUCGAAACACAGAUUCACUCUCAGUCCAGGCGCCGGCGUCAGCAGAAGCAGAAGCAACAACAGCAGCAGCAUUGAGAGCGUUUUCCACUCUGGAUUCCACUCUGACUUCGACUCGGACUCGGAAUUGUGGCCGUGAUUAGGUUUUACAGUUUAGUCCGCUCGAUGACGCCGAACCCAACAGUAGUUCCUCCAAUGGCCAGCAGCAGCAGCUGAAGCUGAACAAAAAUCUGUGACACUUCCUCCUCAAUCGUGCGCGUGAACAGAACAGACCGCUUCCGUAUCCGUAUCCCGUAUUCGCACCCAAUCCGUGGUCCCAUGCCGUCGCGUAAACUCCAAUCAGUUGCAGUGCACAAGCCAAAGAAGAACCAAAGUUAGGAUCUAAGAUUAGUUCCAAAAAUAUAUAUUUAAAAAAAACUGAAUCAGUGCCCAAGAUGGACGUGGCCAAGCUGCAAGCGAAUCCAGGCCAGCAUCUACUGCAUCCAGCUGCCUCAGCGGCACCUCCUGCCCAUCAGCACCACCUGCCUCUCGACUACAGUUUGGGUAACUUUAAGCCUGCCAUUGCCGCCGACUUUCCCGGCAAUCCCUUCCUGGCUAGUCCGCAGCAGCAACAGCAACAGCAGCAGCAGCAGCAAUCGUCUUCGUCAACAUCUUCCUCCUCUACAUCGUCCAUCGCAUCGCUGCAGGUCCGCGAUCUAAGUGCGUUGACCGCAAUGGCCACGAUACCCUCGCCCACCCAGCUGCUCCACCAGCGGAUGCAGCAGGCCCAAAUCUCGGUGGACGCCGCUCUGGGGCACCACCAGCACCAGCAGCAGCAGCCCACCCACUCGCACUCGCACCCACAGCAACAGCCCCAGAUGCCGCCGGCAUCAACAUCGCCUCGAGACUACGCGCCCAUGUCUGCCUUCAAGGCGGUGCUACCCAAGAAGCGUACUCCCGACGAUGCCUCUCUCGCCUUUAGCAUAAGCAGAUUGGUCAAGACUGAACACCUGACGGCGAUGGCAGCCGCCGCCGCAGCGGGACUGAAGCCCCCAACGCCUUUGGAGGACAACAACAACUCAAUUUCGAUGCUGAGCAAAAACCAACAUCAUCAUCAUCAGCCCCAGCAACAGCAGCUCCAGCAACAGCAGCAUCUUCCCCAGCAUCAGCAUCAGAUACUGCAGCGAUCCAAGCCCACAUUCCUCAGUGCCAGCGAACAGUUGCGCCAGUCCCGCUCCCGUUCCCGCUCUAGAUCGAGGACGCCGUCACACAGCUCCUCGCAAAUUGACAUGGAGGAUGCGGACUCGCACCACUCGCAUCGCUCGCUGCAUUCCCGCUCUCGCUCGCCCAGAUCCCGCUCGCGCUCCCACUCCCGGUCACGCUCCCACUCGAGCAGCUCCUCUGUCGAACUGGAGGUGGACUCACCGCCGGGCAGUCCCAGCAUCAGCUCUCCGAGUGCCGCCUCCGCCUCCGAGCUGCUGAUCACGGCCAACAGCAGCACCAGCAGCAUCAUCUCCAAAAAGUCGGAUCUCUUUUCGGUCUCCGCCCUGCUGCGGCGGGACGAGCCACACCAGAGACGCGCCCGCAGUCCCCAACUCGGCCAUCUGGCCAGCUCUGCCUCGGCCCUGGCCAUGCCCUUCAACCCAUUGGAGGCCAUGCGGCAAGGCUAUCCUCCCAACUAUGAGGCAGCCAUGUUCCAACGCCCACUCUUCUCGCCCGCUCUGCCCUUUUUUGCAGCCGUUGCCUUCCACCAAGGCCAACAGCAGCAGCAGCAACAACAACAGCAACAGUCUGGACUGGGAGCAGGCUACCAUCCGGACUCGCAGGAAAAUCUCUUCCGUUUGCGGAGUCUCAUGGUGCCGCUGCAGUCCGCCGGACAGAACAACUCCACAGCAGCGGCUGCGGCAGCGGCAGCAGCAGCGGCAGCCGUCGGUGUGGGUGUGCCCCCAAAUGGAGGACACUUGGGUCUGCCGCACGCGCCACAUCUGCAUUUCCAUCACAUGGCGGCCAAGUGGCCGGGCCUGCACCAAUUCAGCGACCUGUACUCGUGCAUGAAGUGCGAGAAAAUGUUCUCCACGCCGCACGGCCUCGAGGUGCACUCCCGCCGGACCCAUCAUGGCAAGAAGCCCUAUGCCUGUGAGCUGUGCAACAAGACCUUCGGCCAUGAGGUUAGCCUCAGUCAGCACAGGGCGGUGCACAAUGUGGAAAAGGUGUUCGAGUGCAAACAGUGUGGCAAACGCUUCAAGCGUUCCAGCACACUGUCCACACAUCUGCUCAUCCACAGCGACACGCGGCCUUAUCCCUGCAGCUACUGCGGCAAGCGAUUUCACCAGAAGAGUGAUAUGAAGAAGCACACCUACAUACACACAGGUGAGAAACCGCACAAGUGCCAGGUGUGUGGCAAGGCGUUUAGCCAGAGCUCGAACCUGAUAACGCACUCCCGCAAGCACACCGGCUACAAGCCCUUCUCCUGCAAGCUCUGCCACAAGUCCUUCCAGCGCAAGGUGGACCUGAGACGGCACAAGGAGACCCAGCACACCGAUCUGCGUGUCCAUCUCGGCAAGGUGGACUUCAUGUCAGCAGCAGCGGCGGCAGCAGCAGCCUCUGCCGAACUGGCAGCCGGUGUGGGUGUGGGUGUGGGAGUGGGUGGCCAGCAGGCGGGUCCAUCACCAGCGAAUCAGGGUCCCAAUGCGGUCACAUCCGGCCCGACAGCAGCGGGAGGACCACAGAUGGGGUCGCUCAACUGUCAGAAGGUGUCGCUGCUGGUAUAACAUCAGCAGCAGCAGCAGCAGCAGCAGCAGCAGCAGCAAGGGGCAGGCCAAAUCCAAAUCCAAAUCAACCGCAAUCAUUGUGCAAUAGAUGGAAGUGAAUAUAAUCAUCGUCAGGCGUUUUCCUUUGCCGUUUCGCAUUGAGAAAUGUUUGAGAAGUACACCGAAAACCAAAAAAGAUAAACUAAUUGAAAUAGUUUUAAGCAAAAGACAGUUAACCAAUAUUUCCCAUGUUGCCAAAAAGAAAAGAAUAGAAAAA